GCACCUGUGAGGAUGAGGAUGAGAGAACAGAACAACAACAAAUUGACUAUAAUUUUAACUCAGGAAAUUUAUCAAACACUUGGUGUGCAGAAGAAAUGAGCAGGUAAUCAGCCUAAUUUUUAUUAUACUGAUCAACACUUAAAUACACGAAGUAGUUCAACAAACUCAGAAAAAAUAGGACCCAUUAUCAGAACUAAAUCAGGUCAAAAAAAUAGACUAGAAAAAUAAGACUCACUUCUACUGACUUAUUCAAAUGAAAUCAAAAAAAUAAUUUCUGCAUUAUUUUUUCAACAAGGAUAGGGCUACAAAAUUCACAAUAAUUAUAUAUGUUUUCAAAAAGAAAAAUUACUUUAGCUGAAGCUCUAUCAUCAUUUAUGAUAGGUAAGUUGUUCAAGGUUGCAGUUGGAGGGAUACAACUGUUGUACGUGAAUAAUGUGAGCAUAGUGAGAGAAAUAAAUCGCUUCACAUCAUUGGAGCUUGGAAAACCUGCUUACCUACAAAAUGAAAGAGGAGCUUUAGUAGGCAAAGGCCUUAACACUACAAAUGGUGGGGUUUGGCAUCCUCAGAGAAAGACCGUUGCUCCUCAACUCUGCAUGCACAAGGUUAAGUUAAAAAUGGUGAUCCAAGAAGUUUUGCGGCUUUAUCCAGGGGUGACAUUGGCGACAAGGGAGGCUGCAAGAUGUGAAGCGCGGUGAUUUGCAGGUUCCAAAAGGUAUGGGCAUUUGGAUUUGGCUGCUAUCAUUGCAUCGUGAUCCAGAGCUUUGGGGACCUGAUGCUGACAUGUUUAGUCCUGAGAGGUUUAUAAAUGGAGUUAUAGGAGCUUGCAAAAUCUUCACAAGCCUAUAUACCUUUUGGCUUGGGAGCUCGAGUGUGUCCUGGACAGAAUUUGGCUUUGAUAGAAUUGAAGGUGUUGUUUGUUGUCAUACUCUCCAAUUUCAAGCUUACAAUCUCUCCAAACUACCAACACUCGCCUACUUAUGGUCUGCUUUUGGAGCCCGAGCAUUGUGUGAAUCUCCUUAUUCAAAAGAUAUGACUGCUUUGCCUAAGUUUGCAUAGUAUGUGGUAGACUAGGAUCAAUAAAGAAGUUGUAAUAAAGAAGUAUUUGGAAUAAAAAUAAUUUAAAAGUAAAAGCUAUCAUGUUUAGAU